AUGGUUAUUACUGGGACAAACUCCGAAAUGUGCUUUCAGUUGGAACGUCUUUUCCUUCAUUUGGCUUUAAUCAACGAUGAUUCAAAAUUGGAAACAUUUACUCAUAAACACUUAUUGGAUAUCAUAGAAUGCACUUCCACAGGCGAUGUUGAAGUUCGAAAUAAAGGAAUGGAAGUGUUAACACAUUUAAAUCGUCGAAUUAAAAGCAAUUUAAUGAUAAUGUUACCGUUGAAGGAUAUCUUAUAUUAUGUAUUAUCCUCAACACAAGAGAACUUCUUAGGAACGAAUUUCGCAAUUGUUUACCUUAAAAUAGCAUUGGAUCGUGUGGACACUAAAGAACACAUUGCUCUUCUUCCAAAUCUUCUGGAUGGUUUGCUGAAAUACAUAAACGAGAGGAAGAUAUUUGACCAGCUUAUUGUUUUAACAGCGCGUGCUUGGAUAUAUAUCGCUGAUCUAAACCAGCAAAUAUGGCCGUCACUAGAACCAUUAAAAAAUAAAAUAAUUAGGUCGGAAAUACUGAAAUUCUUUUCGGACAUACUAUAUUUUCCGAACUCAAGUAACGAAAAUAGAAAUGUAGCCAUUAUGCUGGAUAACUUUUGUGAUCAUGCAUGUAUGUCAAAAAAUGGAUUUCUGCGAAUUGCUAAAAAUGUUUUAAAUGAUCCAAAAGUUAGUAUUACUGCGUUAAAGCUAUCUGUAAUAAAGGUGUUGUCAUCAAUGGUUUUUGCUGAAGCCGAGAUCUUACCAUUAUUGGUUGGAGCUAUCGCGCUUGGCCCUGGCGAAGUUGAAUUAGCUGGCGAUAUCGCUAUCAAAAAAAUUGAUUUGGAAAAAGUCCUAACAAACAAGGACACAGUGAACAGUUUGUUCAAUUUAUAUCUCGGUUUGUCGCAUCAGAAGCUGGAAGAAAGCGACAAAGUUCUGCCAGCUACGAUUCUCAUUAAGUUGAAGCUAAUGCCUCUAUUAAUGAAAUCUCCUGUUGCGGUCCAAACUUUCCCACAUAAUAUUAGAGUGGCAUUUGAUGGCUUAUUCAAGAAAGACGAUUUUGUUCAAAAUAAACCUAUCAAAUUGCAACAAAUAAGCAUCGACUUUUUGUUGCUUAUUGUGAAAAAUUUCCCUACGAAUGCUUUGCCAACGUUUGGCCCCAUUAUAUUUUCUUCGAUAAGAAAGCUAAUUGAACAGAAUGAGUUCUCAGGUAUUGUUGCUAUAGCCUAUCAGUGUUUUGGUAUUAUUGGUUGUAAAGUCCCACAAUUGGUUGUAAAUGAUAUGGCUUUGUUGCAGGAAACGUUUGAUGCCAUUCCAUUGGCACCAGUAGAAGUAUCUUCUGCAAUAGCAGAUUGUUUACUAAAUUGGUUACCUGCUUUCUGUGCGGUUAACGAUGUUGUCUUAAACGGUAUUUUGGAAGCACUCAUUUCUUCAUAUAUUGUUCACGAAUCACCGAAAUGCCGUCUUGUUGCCUUAAAGUUUGUUGAAACAUUGGUGAAAACACCAUCGUUGGAAUUCCGCUGGAUGCUUUGUCGAACUUGCGAAGAUCCGAGAGAUGAAAUGAGACGCGAAGCUGUGCGUCUACUGGAUUUAUCAGUUGCAGACCCCACGACGACACCUGAUUUUAAAGAUUUGGUUGAAUUUAUUCACCGAAAAUUGAAUUUGCAAGGUGCUGUUGGAGGAGUAGGCUUUGCAACUGCUGAAGCGAAGAAGAAGAAAGGAACUUUUGCUGACGAAGUGUUUCACAUUUCAGCGCUUUAUCUGUACGCCAAUUUACAAGUUGCUUGUUUGCUACAACCAGUCUCACUAAUAGAAGCGGAUAUUUUUCCAAGAACAUCGCAUUAUCCUGUAAUCAGUAGAUAUCUAGUUUCGAUCAGUGAAGAUCAUGUUGAGAUUUUACAUCUCUUCCUAGAAAUAGUUUUGAAGGCAAAUGAAGCACAGCCAGCUAAUGUUCUCAUCGAAAUUGCUUGUUUGAUCUUGCACAGUGGAAGUGGAAAUUUAGGUCACAAUUAUCAUGCGGUUGUGGCAUCUUUAGAGCGUCAUUUGAAUUCCAUUUCUCGGAUAACAGUGUGUGCAAAACUUUCUGAGCUUUACAGUCUGAUACUGACUGAUAUGGAAAAAAAGAAAUGUUUAGAACGAUGUAUGGAGCAGUUUGACAACCGUGAUGAGUUACAGGUUCAAGUCCCAUGGCUUUGUGCAUAUUUAGCAACUCAGUCACAGGCAGACUUAACUACUGGAGAAUUCAAUAGAAUUAAAGAUCACUUAGUGAACGUGAUCGAAAUAUUUUCUACUCAGCAGCACUCUGAAGCAGCUUGUGGUUCGUUGGCAGAAUUAUUGAGAAGAGCUGUUUUCAGUUUCAGAGAAACAGAGAAGACUAACUUAUUAUCAUCAAUUUCUGAUAAUCAAUUUUAUUCGCUCUGUAAAUUGCUGGGAAAGAUAGCAAAAUCUCGAAAGGAUACUUUAACAUCAAAAAUGAAAGAAUCAGCUGUGCAGUGUCUUGGUUUUCUUUCAUUACAUAAUUUGCCAACUAUUUUAUAUGAAAAAAUUUUGGCUCAGUUAUUUGCAUGUGGUGAGAUUGCUACCCAACCAGAACUGCAGUUUACAGUUGGCAGUGCGCUUUUUGACGCUGCUUUCGGGGAAAGUUCUCCAUCACGUAGAAAUAUUUUCACCGAAACAGAAGAAUUUUUUCUGGAAAAGAACUUAUCUGUUGAUGGACGGGACUGUAUUGAGAAGAAAGUAGCGAAUUUAUUGGAAAUUCUGAAUAUUAAAUUACAUCACGUGAAUCGCCAUUUGCGUCAAGCUGCGCUUGUUUGGUUGUUUACUUUGGUGAAACGAUGUAGUGCCAUGAAACUUGAUUGCAUAAUGAACAGUUUAUGCUCUAUUCAAUAUGCUUUUAUCAAUGGCUUAACCGAAACAAGCGAAUUCUCGCAGGAAGUUGCAAGCGAAGGACUUGGUAUCAUUUUUGAACUAGGCUCGGAAAAUCAAAAGAAAGUAAUGGUUGAAGAAUUGGUUAAUACACUCUCAGCUGGUCGAAAACAAAUCAAUCCAGUUGCACCAGACACUCUCUUGUUCUCGAAGGGUGAAUUGGGUACUUCACCGAUGGGGGAAAAUUUGACAACCUAUAAAGAACUCUGCAAUUUGGCUACGGAUUUGAAUCAGCCGGAUCUCAUAUACAAAUUUAUGCAGCUUGCAAAUCACAAUAUUUUAUGGAAUUCCAAGAAAAUAAGUUCCUUCAAUUUGUUUUCUAUUAUAAUGCAACAAGAAAAAGGUGCAAUGGAACCAUAUUUGGCUCAGUUGGUACCAAAACUUUACAGAUAUCGAUAUGAUCCUGAUUUGAAAGUCCAAGGCGCCAUGAGGUCAAUUUGGCAAGCAACCACAGUUUCUAAAAAAAAUGUGAUUGAAGAAUAUGCAGACGCUAUUUUCAAAGAACUUAAAUUAACCCUUACGGACCCUCAGUGGCGAACGCGUGAAUCGAGUUGUUUGGCAUUAGCAGACUUUCUCAGUGCACAUUGCACUAAUGAAGUAGUGGAACAUUUUGGUGAGCUUUUCGAAAUAUUGUAUCGAGUUCAGGAUGAUAUAAAGGAAUCAGUUCGAGUAGCAGCAGGACGUACUUUAUCAAGUCUCAUUAAAAUUACGCUACGCAAAUGUUCUUCAUUUAAUGGCGCUAAAGCUACUCAGUUGCUUGGAAUGGUGCUUCCAGUUAUUGUUGAGAAAGGAGUUAGAUCGAGUGUCAAAACUAAUAAAAUAUUGAGCCUAAAAUUGAUCAUGGACGUUGCAAAGGAAGCUGGUUUGGCACUACAACAACACGUAAAUACAAUAGUACCGUGCUUGCUAGACUCAUUGAGUGAAGAAGAGUCAACGUUUCUGAAUUAUCUUGCUGCUAGAUCAAGUUUAGUUGAACUGGAAGUGCUGGACUCGGCCCGUACGUCAAUGGCACAUGGCUCUCCAAUGAUGGCUGCUCUUCGUUGUGUUGUCCCGUAUGUAGAUAAGGAUGUUUUCAACCCUGAAUUAAGCGACAAAUUGGUUGAACAACUACGUUGCAGUGUUGGCGUGACGACACGUACAGGAUGUUGUCAAUUUAUUAUCGAUUUAUGCCUUCAGCGUCAGGAACUUCUGUUGUCUUGUCGAUCUUCAUGUGAUAAAAUGAUACGAGUUCUUCUCACUGGCUUAAAUGAUCGUAAUCCAGUAAUUAAAAAACAGUUUGCAUCUUGUUUAUCAUAUUUACUGCCUUUCUGUUCAAGAAAAGAAGUAAAUCGAAUUCUGGAUUACAUAAAACAAAAAAUGCAAAAUGAACAAGAUGAAGAAAAAGUGACAGUAUUGCAUCUUCUACGCUUUUUAUCAAGAAAUACUGAAGUUCUUUCUGAGUUACUAACUGUCAUUGUUCCAUUUAUAUUUCUUUAUAAAUGCCAGGAAGUUGCUAAAAAUGAUGAGGCAGGAAGAAAGAGGAUCGAGAUGUGGGAUGAAUUAUGGUCUGAGUUGGUUCCAGACACUUCAUCUGCUAUUCGUUUAUAUCAUAAGGAAAUGGUCGAGGUAGCUUUACUUACACUAAACACAAGUCCUGUUUUUGCGAUGAAAGCACAAGCAGCAAAGGUACUUGCAUCAGUUGCCGAAUCUGGUAUUCUCAAUGAUGACGUUGACUGUAUUGAAAUGCUCUAUGAUAAUUUAACAAACGCAUUACGUGGCCGAAUAUGGGAUGGUAAAGAAAAGUUAGUUGAAGCUAUCAGAGCGUUAUUAUUUUCGGCAGGAAAAAAUUUGGCUUCAAAGUGGGAUGAAACUACAGUUGAAAUGAAAUUUUUGCCUUUAUGGGGACAGUGUAAAAAAAAAAGUGAGAAAUAUACUGGAGAAGCUAUUCUGUGUGCUGCUAUGUUUUGCGAAAUGACUGGUUGUAGUAAAAUUGCUCAACAAAUGAUGUCCUAUAUUUGUGAUGUCAUAAACUGUAGUCAUUCAGAACAAAAUUGCAAUGUUAUCAGCGAAGGAGAAAGUGAAAACCUGAAAAAUUAUGAUUAUCUAAUGAAGAUUGUGCCAGCAAUUGCUCAUUUGUUACUGUCAUUUCACGGAGCCGAAUUGUUUCGUUGCAUGGAGCAAGUAGUCGCUUUGUUGAAGUCUGAUACAUUUUGGAAAGUGAAGCAAGCACUUAUUAUCGAAUUACCACAUUUCAUUGAAAGAUGUUCAUCUCAUAUUGAUUUCACCGCUCUGUUUGUGGUUGUUGGUUCACUUCUGGUUGAAAAUGAUGUUUCGCAACGGCAUACGUUUACUCAACAAUGUUGCGUCGUUCUCGAAUAUAUCAUUAAGCGAGCACAGAACAAAAAAUGUAUUUUGUUGCUAUACAAGCACAAAGAUACCGUGGAAACACUAAAGAAAAUAACAGUCGUGAAAUCAUCCGCAGUCGUGAAAUCACUUGACAAAUUAUUGAAGUAUGAAUAA